GGAAUACAAAAUCAUAAGAAAAACAAUGCCUCCUAAAGAUGACACACAUAACCUACUCAUUGCCGAUCCAGAAGCAACARCUAUCGUCGGUAUGGAAGGACAGAAGCGUAUCGGGAUUUUCUCCCAACUCUUUCCACCGCGACGAUCACGAGAGUUACGAACAACAACGAAAAACAUGGGCCAYAAAGGUGAUACCCUGGAUGAAGACCAAAUCGACACAACAGAUGACGAAUCGUCGUUUUCAUCUUCGUCAUCGUCAUCAUUCGAUAUCAUCGACAACAUCAUCGGUCCUMUCGAUGCAAACGAGACCUUCGGUCCCGACGCGAGUCACCUUGGCACCGCUACCUACGACGAUGUACCCGGUAGUAGCAUCCACUUGUGUUUAGAGCUCUUAUCGAGCAAAGAUCCCGAUCUUAUUCGUGUGGGUCUACAACGGUUGAUGCUGUUGACAAAGGGGCGAACGCUUUCAGGACUUUAUCAUUCAGAGGAGGUUGCAUCCCACGUACUCGUAUUUGGUGGGCCACUGGGCACUAUUGAAGAACUAUUGCGGUAUAUUUUUGCCACUUUGAUCUGUGACUCUCCCCACCAGGAUCAUAGAGAAAAACACCUCACAACAGGAGUGACUGAUUUCGACGAGGAUAAGGAUGCUCUCUUUGAUUGGAUUCUAGACUACGACCCACUAACAGGUAUAGAUGGCAACGGGAAACACAUCAGUUAUUACGACGAUGACCACAGCUGUACUUCGAGUGAUUCGGAGGACACGGAACGGCAACCACUACAUCCACAAGGCAAGGCCAACGGUAUUUUCCACAAUCAUGCACUCCGGGUUMUUGCAAACGCUCUGGGGAAGGUUGCAUCGACGACGACAACAAAAUCAUUAAACGAUACAGAACAACAAGCUUUACGCGAUCCACUUUGGAACAACAUGAUUCGUAGCUUGAUUGAGAAUAUUGAGACGAAUCGCAACACCGAUGCCACUGGAUAUUCGUUGAAAAUCCUACGGCUUCUUUAUUCAGUUGAUCCAGAAACGAUCGAGCCUCUUUUAAAGUAUUCUUUGUUUGACCGUCUCGUUUUCUUUGCAGAAUAUGGAAAAUUCUAUCGAUAUCCCAUGAUUUAUACGGAAGCUUCGGAGUUGUUAAAUCGAACCAUACAACAUUCUGAGGAAAGUAACGUAUGAUAAAUUGAUUUCCAUCGAUUGGGUAUCAAAAUAAAAGUACACUAAUGGAAUUACUAAAGGUUUCCUUUCAUAUAUAUCAUUUUGUUGUAGCAGAAGUCAUGAUUUUUUCAGUGGAUGCAAGAUAGGUAUCGAUGGCGUACUGGCUGUUGUGGUUGCCACUGAUGCGUCUCUUGAAAUGCGACGCUUUUUCAAUAUCCGCAUGCUGCGUCUAGGCCUUGGGUUCUUAUCUCGGGUAGACCACGUAUCAAAUAGCUGAGGGUUCUUAUCUCGCAGGAACAGGAAUAGAGCACAUGGUUUGUUGGCUAGAGACUCCAGCAAAGUUGGAUAGAUGUCAAGUGACAUGCUCUUCUCCUUAUUUUGAUUGCAUCUCUGAUAUAUUUUAUUCCACUYCAUGUGACGAUUGAUUUGAGCUUGUAGCACGUCUCCUUCUUCACGCUCACAUUUGUCCUCAAUUUCAAAUGGAUCAAUGAGCAAGGGUAACUUUCUCGUAUCGAGUUUCGUAAGAGUUACAUUGUCCCGCARACUUUCUAGAAGACAUCUUCGCCCCUCAUUGGUCAUCAUCCCCCUGCCAAUGUCGAUUCUUUCUAGUCCCCUAUUGACCCGAAGUACUUUCGAUAGCUCUUUCAUACCCUCGUCGGCGCGCUGAGAGACAUCGGGUUGGAUGAUGUUCAAUUCCAACUCCUUGAGUGUUGUAUUCAUUGCCAAUUUAGAACUGCUUCCACGUUUUACAAUUUCGUUGAACGAUARAAGUGUCAAUUGUAGACCCUUGACGGCUCCUUUGUUCAGAACAGCGUCAAAGAAACAUUCAAAGGUUCCUUCUUCUCGAAAGAGCCCUUGCUUGCCUCCCAUCAACGACAGCGCCGUUAUGUUCCCAUUGGAUGAGAUGGCAUCAGCAAACCUUUUGGAUUCUGUAAGUGWCAAAGGAAAGAAACCACAAUAGAAGAAUAUCUUGGUCUCGUUUUGAGGUCCCUCGAGACAACGGAGRUAAAAGUCAAAACACUGAUUGUGCGUCUUUUGGUCGAURCAAAAGUUCCUUAUCUUCAAGCACUCUACCUUCCCAGAAGUCUUGUUGGCUAGGAUCGCAUUUUGUAGCUCGCGUGACCUAUCAAAUUCGUCGUCUUCGAAUUUGAACGUCAGUGAAGAGAUUGACUCUUUCUUCCGAAGUGCAGUAAUUGACUCCUCUAGGCUGUUUCUAUAUGGAACCCKCAGCUCUGUCAUUGUGAGAGACCUUGAUUUGCUAAACGUCCGAGGCUUUGCACGAUAGAACAAUAAUGUCCAGCCGGUAGGUUCUACCUUUGUCGGAGAUGACCCGCCUUUCCUGUUAUUCGUUUACUCGUCUGCUUCCUCAAGAAUAGAAAGCAUCUUCGAUG